AUGGGCUGGAUCUCGACCCCAGCGGCAGUCCAAUCCUGGAAACACAUCGUCCAAGGACUGCAUGAUCAAUGCACCGCACUCGCUUGUCUAAGCACAUACUUGGCCAUGAUGGUUGCUUGCGGUAUCAAAGACAGUGGUUACAUGAAGUACAGCCUGGAACUAAGAAACACCAGCUCUAAAAUGCUCAGGCAGAGCAUACUCCGAAGUGAUCCUACCCACCGAAGUCGGCUCGCCCAGAUCACCCUUCUUCAACAAGUCUUCUGGCACUUCUACGCUGAAGCCUCGGCGAGAAAUCUCGAUGCUGCACUUAUACAUGGACGAAUGCUGAGGAAAUUGAUGCACGAGGAUCCGGAGGCUGUAACUCCGCACUUCUUCAUGUUGGCAAUGUUUGUCGACAUUCAUCUAAGCUCGACGCACCGCGGGAAACCGAUAUUUGAAUACGAGACGUUUGGACCAAAUAUAUAUCAGGCGAUGUGGACCGGAGUCGAUCCAUAUGUCUACCUGCUCGUGGGGAAGGAGACCAUCCCAGAUGCAACAGAUGCCGCAGUUACAAGCACACUUUUAGAUUUCUCGGUGUCGACGGAGCCUCUUCGAAGCCUCUUCAUCCGUCGACGACAGGCCAUCGCACUGGAAAAAUUGAUUGCCCAAGCGGAGAAUCCCGGCACCAAUACCACGGCGAUAUUCUUCUGGGUUGCAUCCCAUGCGUAUAUCGACGAGGGAUUCUUCACGAAUUUCUAUUGUGAUAAGGUCAAGGGUACUUCGAUCACUUUGAGUGAGGCUCUCUCCGAGCCCAAUGCCGCUUCCAUUUUGCAGGGACCAGGUCUCGCGUGCCAAUCCGAAUGUAGUCGCCUGACAGAAGCCGCAAUGGCGAUGGCGGCACUCUACCUUAUGCGCGUGCUUGGACUCUUUGACAUGUGGAUUAAUGGGCAGAACUUCUAUGACCCCGCAGCAUCGCGCGAGACGCUUCUUUACGAUGCCCUUAACGCCGCGUUUCGAGUGGGCAGUCCCCAGGAGCUGGAGGCUUACGCAAAUGCGCAUCUAUGGUGCCUGUUUGUGGGAGCGAUAGCAGAGUGGCAGAGUGUUCUCAAUGGCAACGUUGGCAGGAGAGGAGGAGGCCAGAAAUCAAGGGGCAUGCUCACAGCGAAGGCACAGCUGAGUUUGCAAAGAAUCGAUAGCGGAUUCGACGAGAACCUGUCUCACAAGAGCCGAAGUGGGUUCCAUAUCGGCGCAGAAGAUGAAGAUGCGUCGCGCAUGUUGUUCAACACCCUCUUUGCGAGACAAGCGAGCAUGAUGGGCCUCAUAAGUUGGGAGCAAAUGGUUCCGAUCUUGGGGAUGUUCGCGUACGGCGACACGUUGCAACCGCAUGGCAGCCGGUGGUUCUGGAGAAGUAUGGGGGCGCAUUUGGAUGAUUCGAAAGGAUAG